UCCGCGCGCGCGCUCCCUCGCCACGGAACACACACACACACCCACGGCGACCCUAGUGUGUGGGUUAUACAUCUGCUCUACAGUCGUCCAUCCCCCAGCGUGAGAGCGCGUGGAUUAUUGAUCUCGGAGGGGGUGAGAGGAAGAAACAAAAAAUACAUAAGAUAAGAAAGAGAGAAAAAUAAAAAAGAAUAAGGUCCCCAAGUAUACGUAGAUCCUCGUGUGUGUGGAGGAUGCUGCUAUAUAUACACCCACAUAUCAUACAGAGGAGUGUGCAAACUUUGAGGGGCUAAUUGGUAUAAACGUAUAUAGAGGGAUGAUGCUGCUGCAGCGAGCGAACUGAACAGCUGCUGGACCAUCGGGCCGCUAUAUAUGUAAUAUACAUACACACGCGGAGGAGGAGGAGCACGCUUGUUGGUCCAACAAUAACAGUGCAGUGCAGAGGCAUUAGUUUGGCCUAAAAAGCUCUCGUGCCCCCUUUCCCCCCUGUUGUUGUCGGGCAUCGAUUAGCUCUGCGUCCAGGACACCCCGGCUACUGGCUCGCUCGAUAAAUCGCCCCGUCGCCUUUGUUGGGCCAUCGCGAUGUACCCACGCCACCGCCGUCCUGGUUACCGUUCUUCUCCUUCUUCCCUCAACCCCGAGGAAGUGAUCGCAACGACGGCGAGAGAUGCGCGCUGAGGCUCGUUGUGCAAUCAGCUGAUACAUCCACACCAAUGGGUCCCCCGAUCGGCACUCGAGGGUCCCAUCGUCACCGGUAAAAGGGAGGCCCUUCAACCACCCCCGUCGACGCAACUAUAAAGGAUCUGUCCUUACAGCGUGCGCCAUCGUCAUCGCAUAUACUCUUGGUGUGUUAACAAGAAAACACACGAGCGCCUUGUCGGUAAGGGAUGUGAUGGAGCGGUUCAAGCGGAGACUCGCCUGAGCGGGCUAUGACGCCCGGGGCGACCAGCCUCGACUCGGAGGUCCUGGACUCCUGCUCCGAGCAACAACGCCAGAGCAAUGACCCCGCGAAGGACGAUACAACCACCACAACGGCGGCCGCUGCGGCUGUCGGGGCCACGGCUGUGCCGAUACCCCCCGAUCAGACCCUCGCCCACCGAUGCUACCAACACCUCAAGACAUCCGGGGUGGGCGAGGCGUCGGUGUGGCACGCGCUGGUGGUCAUAUUCCUGGAGUUUUUCGCGUGGGGCUUGCUGACGAUGCCGGUGAUAUCGGUGCUGAACGACACGUUUCCCGACCACACGUUCCUCAUGAACGGCCUGAUAAUGGGCAUCAAGGGUAUACUGUCGUUCCUGUCGGCGCCCCUCAUAGGCGCCCUGUCCGACGUCUGGGGCCGCAAAUUUUUCCUCCUCAUCACCGUGGCCUUCACCUGCGCCCCCAUACCCCUCAUGAGCAUCAACACCUGGUGGUUCUUCGCCAUGAUAUCCAUCAGCGGACUGUUUGCCUGCACCUUCUCCGUCGUCUUUGCCUACGUCGCUGACAUCACCGAGGAGAGCCAGAGGUCCAAGGCUUACGGAAGGGUCUCGGCGACGUUCGCCGCGAGCAUGGUGAUAAGCCCAGCGAUGGGCGAGUUCACGAAACGCACUUACGGCGUGAACGUGGUCGUGGCCUUGGCGACGGCCAUAGCCAUCCUCGACGUUUUCUUCAUCCUGGUCGCCGUACCGGAGAGCCUACCCGAGAAGACCCGGCCACCUGCCCCCAUAUCCUGGGAGCAAGCCGACCCCUUUGCCGCCCUCGUCAACGUCGGCAAGGACCACACCAUCAUGAUGCUCUGCGUCACCGUUUUUCUCAGCUAUCUACCCGAGGCUGGCCAGUACAGCUGUAUAUUCGUCUACCUACGCCUCGCCAUGGGCUUCUCCGGUGCCAUGGUCGCCGUCUUCAUAGCCCUCGUGGGCAUACUAUCGGUCAUCGCCCAGAUGCUCCUCGGGCCCAUCAUGCGCACCCUCGGCAGUAAGCACACCAUCAUGCUCGGCUUGCUCUUUGAACUGCUGCAGCUCAUGUGGUACGGCUUUGGCUCCCAGAUCUGGAUGAUGUGGGCCGCCGGAGUGUUGGCCUCGAUCUCGUCCAUCACGUAUCCGUCGAUCUCGGCUUUCGUGUCGAUGCAGUCCGAUGCCGACAAGCAGGGCCUAGCCCAGGGUAUGGUUACGGGGAUCCGGGGCCUCUGCAACGGUCUCGGGCCUGCCAUGUUCGGCGUCAUAUUUUACUUGUUUCACGUUGACCUGAACGAGCGCACGCGCAUCGUGCCUCCUCCCCAUCUGGGCAGGCCGGCCACUUUAUUCUUCGACAAGAACAAUAACACGGGAACUGCCACGCACUUCGAUAUCAUACCCCAACUGGUACCGGGACCUCCGUUCGUAUUUGGUGCUCUACUGGUGAUUUGUGCCCUACUUGUGGCCGCGUUCAUCUCCGAUUCGGCUCCGGUGAUAACGGGUCAGCUGCACCAUUCGUCUACUUCCCGGAGGCCAUCCGGUAAAUACGCAUAUCAAAAAUGUACGUUACAACUUACCACCAUACAAACCGAGAAGGAUAAUCCUGGUGGCCUGUCAUUAGACGUUCACUACGAGACGGAUAGGAUAAGCAGUAGCAGGGGUAAGGUAGCCCUCUCGCCACUAGUCGACAAUUGCAACUCGGCAGCGCUGUAACUGCCGAUGUUCCAAAUAGCCAUCGGGCGAUUUUAUAAUGCCGUGUCACAAAAAACGCUGCCAUACGACAGCAUUCACUUGCACAUAAAUAAUUGCGAAAAUAAGGAUGAAAGGAGAAGAAAAAAACGCUCUCGAUGCUGCUGUGUACACGUGCGUAGAUUAAUCGAUUUUUAGAAACUCUUAAAAUUUUUUUUUUACUCUCCGGAAACGUGCUGCUGCAUAUGUGUACUGUUACUCGGCUGGUAUAGUCGUUCAACUAUAAAAUCGGAGCUAUCUGCGCUGUCGUUGAAAAAAGGAAAAAUAGAAGUGUAGAACAGUUUUAUGUGGUUACGAUUUAGUGAUCAAAGAAUCGUCGUUCAACAUGCUGUGGAGUGGAAAGUAAAGGUAUUGAAAAAAAUAUGUACAUUUGUAUCAAACAAACCAGAGUAGACUUAUCGUGUUCAAAUGCCUUGGUGUAGAUAGAUUUUGUGAGUCCACUUCACAACUCGCUCAUUGACUAUUGGAAUGUAUGUUUUUCUCACAUUUUGUGGGACUUCCGUGUUUAUUCAUUUUUUUUAUUACACUUCUAUUUUUCUAAAAAUAGCAGAACCAAGCUCUUGACCAUAAUGUGAAAUGAGAUUAAUCAAAUCGAUAAAACUUAUGUACACAUUUGGUAAAGAAAUGAUUUUUGUUUGCAGUGAGAUGAAGAUAUGAAAAGAUUAUUCGUUAUUUUAAUAGAUUUCUGUUAUAAAAAGUAUUCCAGAUAAAAAGUCUUUUCAUUCAAUGCGAGUUGUAAGGUGAAAUUCACUUUUCACUCAUUGAAAUGAUCAGUUUAGACAAUUAACUGUUGACAUGUCUGUAAGACAUGACGUGAUAUUAAAGAAUAGUUGCAUUAUACGUUGCAUAGAAAAAAAUGUUCAUUGUUAAUGAGUGAACCAUUGAAGAGUGCUAUUAAUUAAUUUCAUAAAGUGAAAUAUAUUUGAUAGGUUAUUUGUUUACCAUAUCAAAAGCCAAUCGUUUGUUCGAAAAAUUUAAUUUCUUAAGUAACGUGACCACGAGAUUCAUAUGAAAAAACAAAUAUAAAAAAAAAGUAAGAAAAAAAUAACCUGCUUUCAAAAAAAAAAAAUAAAU